AUGAGUGGAUUUAGCAAUGUUGUCAAAGGGGGCUGGCACCCAAAAGGAAAAGAUGGAAGCAAAGAGAGUUGGCGUGGUGAUUUCAAAGGCAUCAAUCAAGUGGCGGGAUGGAUGGGCAAGGGCAAAGACCCCAGCUCCGAGCGAAGUGAACAUGUCUCUCAACCUCUCUCCUCUCUCAAAGAUCCCGCGUCCUUUGGACCACCCCCGAAGCAUAUCAGUUUCCAUGGCGCUGCCGCGGUGAACGAGACAACCCCGGACCGACGAGGUUUAGGUGCUCCUAUAUCCCGCGAACAGAUCGAGCAACAAAAUGCCUACCAACAGCAAAUUGCCGAAGCGGAGGAAGAGGAAGCUCAAAAGCCCAAACCACCUCCGGUGCCGUAUCGCGUGGACACAACUGGAUUGUCUACAAACGGCCUGCCGUCUCCUCCCGUGCGACGCCUCGGCUCGCCGAGUUCUACCCCGAUAAGCGCAAAGCCGCCCAUGAAGCCAAAGCCUCAGCUGCCCCCCCGACUUCCUCCACGGACCGAGUCGCCUUCCCAUAAUCCAUCCCCUCCCCCGUCCUACUCCCCUGUUCCGCCUUCGCCUUCUCAGGGAUAUGUAAACCAAGGAGCUGCAUCUCGCCUCGCCGACGCUGGCGUUUCAGUCCCGGCAUUUGGCAUCGGAGGAACGACCGCACCUCACCCCACGGCCAACGAGGCGCCUGUCCAUGACAUGCAGUCCCGCUUCUCCCAGAUGCGCACUGACUCGGGAUCUCCACCCAAAACGGCUCCGGCAGUUCCACCCGCACGCCCAACAAGCUCGAAUGAACUUCGUCCACUUCCGGGGUUCCGCGAUCGUCAUGCGGACAAAAUUGACCUAGGGAAGCAGAAAUGGGGUGGAGUAACAUCGCGAUUCAAUAGUUUUGUUGACGACCGCAAGUUCUCGGCCAAUGCGAACAAACGGAUUCCCCGACCGCCCGGGCCGAACUCGGUGCCAAGGUCAAGCUCAUCAUCGUCUACCUUGGAGACUCAAGCACGUAAGAAGCCACCACCGCCUCCUCCCAAACGGGCAGAGAUGCGUGCUGCACCUGCGACGUCCGCUUCUCCAGUGUCGUCGUCAGCCCCGACGCCACCACCUGUUCCUCUGAACACCAAACCCCGCUAA